UCUGUCACGGGCCUGGUGGACGGCUACAGUCAGACCAGGGUGCAGCCGGCAGGACACAGAAAGAUAAAGUCAGCCUGCAGCUACAGACGGCAAACUGCAGCUAUACACCACGAGAAAAAAAUUAAAAACAAAAAGUCAGGUUUGUGUUUCUGCAGCAGGAUGGGCUCCAGCAGCUCCAGCAUGAACAACAUCCCAAACGCUCAGGAGCUCAUAGAAGAAACCGGCUUCUCUGCGGCUCACAUCCUCCGUCUGUACGAGAGGUUCGAGUUUCUGGACAAAGACCAGAGAGGAGAGCUCAGGCCUGAGGAUUUCGAAACAGUUCGUGAGUUGGCCUUGAACCCCAUCGGAGACAGAAUCAUCGGCGCGUUCUUUUCUCCCAGACAGGAAACGGUGGACUUUCCCUCCUUUGUCCGAAUUCUCGCUCAUUUCCGUCCGACCGACACAAACCGACCCAAAGAUGGGAUGCAGCAAGAGCCGGUCAACAGCAGCACCAGGAAACUCAAAUUUGCCUUCCAGUUGUACGAUCAGGACAGAGAUGGAAAGAUUUCCAGAGUGGAGCUUCUCCAGGUGCUGCGGGAGAUGCUGGGGAUGCAGGUGACAGAGGACCAGCUGCAGUGCAUCGCCGAACGAGCCAUACAGGAAGCAGACCUGGACAGAGACGACGCCAUCUCCUUUGAUGAGUUCAGAAAGUCACUGGAGAAAGUUAACAUCGAUCACAAGAUGAGUAUCCGCUUCCUGAAAUAAAGACACGUCCUGCUUCAGUGAUUCCUGAUUACGCUGAAAAGAAGAUGAUCAGACGCUCGUUCUCUUUCUGAAACCUGUCAGAGAAGACGAGGAUGAAGAUGCAGCAAAGUGAGAAGGAAGAAGAGAUCGAUCAAGCGGGUAAAAUAAUCUGUAAAUGUAAAAUAGAUGUUGCUUUUGACACCAUCAACAGCACUGAAACCAUUAAAAUUACAGCAAAAGGCAUCUUCAGGUGUGUUACCUAAAUGACACCGUGAAGCUGAAGCUCAUUGCUUGAUUUUUAUGGAGCCUGAACCAGUGCAAACGCCAUCUCCCAGCAGGUGGAUUUGACCAACUAAUCUGAGCAAACUCAGAGACUAUCAGUAAUGGUGCAAACUGGAUGCAGUUUGGCACAAUACCAAGAUGUCAUUAGUAGGAGGAAUACAGAAUGAGAAGGAAGUAAAUACAGGCAUGGACAAGUAUGUAGGAGAGAUAAGAAGAAAAAGUGAACUUCGGUGAAGCACCACAAAUGCACAGAAGGUCAGUUUGUGUUAUUCUGACUGAUCCUGGUGCCAUGUUGGAACAUCGAGAUCAGUAUUUCCCAACCUGUUUGGCUAAUGAAGCCUCAAAUUGAAGCUACAGCCAUGCACAUUUUUGAAGUAUAACAUUAGAAAAGGUUGAUAGAAAAGUUUUUACUCUCGCUUGAGGUGGUUUUUGCCUUUUUCCAAAAAAUAAUUAAUGCGUUGAAUGGGAGAUGGAAACAAGUUGACGUAGUUUUCUUUUCCAGUUUAAAGUAAAGAUUAGAAAAGAAACUUAUGUUUCUGCUCCACUGAAGAGAGAAGUAGAUCAGUGUGGAGCGAUGAGGAGAUGAACACUCCUCACAUUACUACUUGAAACAAACAGAAAUAUCAUAUUUACAUCCUGUUUUCUACGUUAUUAUUCACUGUUUGAGGUUUGACUGGCGCUUAUUGUUUAUCUUGUGGUGCCCUCUUAUUCUGCAGCGCUAUAAUGGCACCUGAGUGGAGAAUUAGCGCCACCUGCUGCUUAUCUCGAUGAACCAGCUCUUAAUGUAAAGGCUGCAGCAGCACAAGGUAAAGCAUGAACAGAGAGAGAGAAAUCAAUUGUAUCUUAUGUAGAAAAUUGGUUUAAUAAACUAGGAUAUUUUGUGAAAAGGCCAAUUUUAAGGUGAGAUCAAUCUUCUCACAUCAGAUUAGUCUUUAAAAACUACUUUUCCCCUUGUGGUUCAACCAGAGCUGAAGAUUAUUACAACUGUCAUAAUCAGACCAACACGUUUAUAUUUUCAGUUUUCAUUCAUACUAAGUGUUGAAUAAGUUAAUACCCAGCAGGAAUUAGGCCUAAAUGAGAGAAGCACCUCGUCACUCUCUAAUAACGUUACAUGAUGAAACUGACAGCAGCAGGAAGUCGGUGUCAGUCAAUCCACUGAGAGAAGUGGGGAUGACCGUCCCUCACGUUCACAACGCUCAUUAAUUAAGUCUUUAUCUGCAAAAUAAGUUUUAAACCCCAUUAAUGACGCAGCCUGUGAACGGACAAAGUAAAAGUCGUCUUCCUUGUCGUCAUCACAUUGUGAACUCUCCCUCUGCUCCUUCUUAUCCAUCAGGUCCCGUCAUGUCACAACAUUUCAACCAGACAACCACAGUUCUUUAAAUGUUCUUUUUGCCCUCAUAUCUCACUGAUAUCAACAUUUGGAUGAGAACAUUUUGCGAAAUUCUACUCGCAGGUUCAAAAGCAGAAAGACAGAGACUACAGUCAGUGUUUGCCAGCCUGUCCAAGCAAAUUAAAACAUGUUAUGGUUUCAGACUCUAAUCUUAAUUCUAUUAGCCAUGUUAAAAAGCAAAAAUAUCAUCUGCCAAAAUUAGACCAUUUUUUAACUCAGAAUGACACUGAAAUGCUGAUACAAGCUUUUAUUACAAGCCGCUUAGAUUACUGAAACUCUCUUUUACCGGCCUCCCUAAAAAGUCUUUAAGAAAAUUACAGUAAAUUCAGAAUACUGCAGCCUUACAUAAUCUAGCAUCUUCAUAUAUCAGCGAUUGCCUUUUAUUUUAUGUGCCAACAAAAAACUCUCAGAUCGUCCGCUGCCGUUCUUUGCUGUUCCUAAAGUGUCCCGCAAGAAACCUGCUGGAGGCUGCGUUUCUGUUACAUCUCCCUCGGUAUUUUUAAAAAGAAAUUAAAGACCUGUCUUUCAAAUUUUGGCUUUUAAUUUUUAUUGGUGUCAUUGCUAAUGUUUUAUUGUAUUGUGAUGAAACUAUUUUUGUUUGUUUCUUUGUUU